CCCACGAUCCAUUCUACAACAGUAGCAGAAAGAGAUCGCAACAAGAUUCAACAGUGGAGUCAUCAUCUUCAUCAGCAUCAUCGUCCUCGUCUUCUUCUUCUUCUUCUUCUUCUUCACCAAUUUUUCUCUGAUUCAAUCUCAGAUCCACUCUCUUCGUCCACUGAUCUCGUUCUUGCAAAAUCCCUAGCCCCAAUCCAACGACAAUGUCGUCUUCUUCCUCCCGAUUCGAUCCCUCCAAACAAUACUACGCCACGAGCAGCCUUGUCGUCGGAUACGCUCUCUGCUCGAGCCUCCUCGCCGUCAUCAACAAGUUCGCCAUCACUUGGUUCAACUUCCCCGGCCUCCUCACCGCUCUUCAGUACCUCACCUCCGCUCUCGGCGUCUGGGUCCUCGGAAAAUUAGGGUUUCUCCACCACGAUGCCUUCAAUGUCGACACAGCCAAGAAAUUUCUCCCCGCGGCUACAGUUUUCUACCUCGCUAUCUUCACCAACACCAACCUUCUCCGUCACGCCAAUGUCGACACCUUCAUCGUCUUCCGGUCCCUCACUCCGCUCCUCGUCGCCAUCGCCGACACGUUCUUCCGCCGACAGCCUUUCCCUUCUCGUCUCACGUUCCUGUCUCUGUUGAUCAUCCUCGGUGGUGCUGUUGGAUACGUUGCUACUGAUUCUGCUUUCACUUUGACGGCUUAUUCGUGGGCUUUAGCGUACUUGGUGACCAUCACAACCGAGAUGGUUUACAUUAAGCACAUGGUAACGAAUCUAGGAUUGAACACUUGGGGUUUUGUGUUUUACAACAAUCUCUUGUCUCUGAUGAUGGCUCCUGUCUUCUGGGUUCUUACCGGAGAGUAUGCUGACGUUUACAUGGCGUUGAAUGAGAAUUGGGGAAACUGGUUCGAGCCCGUGGCUUUCUCUGCAGUGGCAUUGUCGUGUGUGUUUGGUUUGCUCAUUAGCUUCUUCGGGUUUGCCGCAAGGAAAGCUAUCUCAGCCACUGCGUUUACUGUCACUGGUGUGGUCAACAAGUUCUUGACUGUUGUGAUCAAUGUCUUGAUUUGGGACAAACACGCAAGCCCGUUUGGUCUGGUCUGUCUUCUGCUCACGAUCUGUGGAGGGGUUCUUUAUCAGCAGUCUGUGACUAGUAAACCGAGCAAUGUGUCAUCACAACGUGAUCCCGCUGAAUCCAAGCUUUUGGACAGUGAGAAGGGAGGUGAUGAGUUCUCUGAGGAGAAUCUGGGUAAAAUUGUAUCGAACAAGCUUGCUUCAGUAUGAGAAACCUUCAUUGUUGCAGCCACCCUUCCCAGGUUUUGUUUAGCAUUUGAAUUUGAAUUGAAUGGAUUAAGUUUUCUUUACAUUCUGAGGGUUUUCGCCAUAAAGGAGAUGUUUGAAUUCUUUGCACUAAUCGGAUUCUGGCCCUCUAAAUAUCAGUUUUGUAAACUUCAUUUGUUAUCUGUUAUCCUAUGAUCCAUGAAUACAAAAUUGUUUUUCCUAUU